AUGUCCUCUGCUCAAGAUUCCGCCACCAAGAUCUCUAUCGAUAGAUUCGAUGGAGACAACUACGCGACGUGGAGCCGCUACAUGCGUGGCGUGUUCCUGACCAAGUCGACGUGGCACGUGGUCAACCGGGAGACCACCCCCACCUUCGCCGAUCCUCGCGCCAGUGACGACUACGUCAAGACGAACAACAUUGCGUUCGGCUUGAUGCUGCUGCACAUGAGCGCGGAUUAUCAUCACGUGGUUGAUGACUGUGAAGAGGCGUGGGUCGCGUGGGCGCGUUUAAAGACGCUGUACGGCGGGUCGCAGAAGGCUGGACGCAUCUACUUGAAUCCUCAACAUCAGCGCGAAGCUCAGCAGCAUCGGCGCCAAGUGGAGGACGAGGACGUUGCGAUCUGCUUACUGCGCAGUCUGCCCAAGAGUUUCGAGAACGUGAUUCUCAAGUUGAAGAUGAACAGCGCAGAGCUUCGAUCGCGGGACGUCGUGAAAGUGCUCACGAACGAGCACAUCAAGAGGCAAGGUGACAAGACGACAUCGGUGAAGACUGAAGACGCGGCGAAGGCGUUCAGUACCGAGCGUGAACCUCGCCAGUGUACAUACUGCGGAAAAUUGGGGCACACGGCGGAGCGGUGCUGGACCAAGCAGAAGGACGAAAAUCAAGGUGGAGCUCGACGCGGCGGCAACAAUGCUCGUGGACGCGGAGCCAACAACGUUCAGUGGCGAACCAACAGCAACUAUGACGACAACUACGAUCGAGUUGCGUUCGCGGUUUCGCUGGAGGCUGGACUUUCAACGGGCAAGAAUAUGCCAGGGAUGUGGGCAGUCGACAGCGGUCUCAUGAUCCGCGAAGACAACCAGUCCUGCAUCAAAAUGACCAAGAAUCCGGUCAACCACGGCCGCGCCAAACACAUUGAUAUCAAGUACCAUCACAUUCGCGAUGAAGCCAAGCGCGGUGAAGUGAAGCUCGAGUAUUGCGAGACUUCCGUGAUGAUGGUGGACAUCAUGACCAAGGGACUUCACGGACCACGCCACAAGGACUUAACGGCGGCACUAGGUAUCUGUGCAUUCGGAUUGAGGGGGCGUGCUGACGGUCAUCGGUUUUCUACCAUUAUUGGUAACCGUGACCGGUUCAAUCCGAACCGCCUGCUCAGCUUAAUAUUUACGAUGUAG